GUGGCCACCUCGACUGUCCACAUACUCUGGCUUCCAAUGUUACCACAUCGGAUCCACCAUCUGGUCUUUGUACAGAUCAUUCACUCAGACUGUGACCAAACUCAUCAUCCCUCUUUCUUCACACUGUACUGUCCAUUGCGUCCACAGUUAGACUUGUUCGGAUACCUGCGCUAUCACUGCCACUGGACUUGUCCUUCUCCUGUGGACAUUGUCACUCGUUGUUGUCCAGUCUCUUUGUAUUCCCGAUCCAUCACCACGCCCUCGCGAGCCUCUCCUUCUCCCCACAAUCGCAGCUGACAACGGCUGCCCGAUUCUGGCCACAGUGUUUCCAGACCACAGACACGAUCCCGAUCCCGAUUAUACACGUGUCUCUCACUCUCUAUACACUUGACUAUUUCCGCGCGCCAAACAAGUUGACUGAUGCGGCCAACCUGAAGUCAUCGUCGAGCCUCCAAUAUUCAUCCUGCGCCGUGCUUCACCCUUUUGCACCGCCCGACCGAGACACAUCGAAUCCCCCAUCCUCCUUUCAAACUACGGCGCAUCCUGCUGGCUCACACAUUUACCAGUACUAGAAUUGCUGCCGUGGUUGUCGCAGUUUGCCUUGUGCAUCUCUCUGCCGCGAAUACCCUAUUCAAUCCGCUCGGUUAGGAUAGCGCAUACAAACACUCCCCCUCAUCCUCAACAUGUUCGACAUGGUAGAAGAUAAAUAUAUUGGCCUAGCCCUGGCCAUUGUAUCGACGUUGGCCAUAGGGACCAGUUUUGUCAUUACGAAAAAGGGCUUGAACGAUGCGGCUGAACAACAUGGCUUUGAAGGAGAUGGAUAUGCAUACCUGAAAACCCCCCUGUGGUGGGCGGGAAUAGCUUCACUGGUGCUGGGUGAAGUAGCCAAUUUUGCCGCCUAUGCCUUUGCCCCGGCCAUCCUAGUCACCCCUUUGGGCGCUCUCAGCGUCUUGAUCGGAGCGGUACUGGGCGCAUACUUUUUGAAUGAGGAGCUGGGCGUCUUGGGCAAGCUGGGAUGUGCCAUGUGCCUGCUCGGCUCCGUCAUCAUUGUGCUCCAUUCCCCGCCCGAUGAAGAGAUUGAGACAGUGGAUCAAAUCUUGUCCUAUGCCAUGAGACCAGGGUUCAUCAUCUACUGUCUAGCCGCCAUCAUCUUCUCCACAGUCAUGAUCUACAAAGUAGGCCCGAUUUAUGGAAAGAAGAACCCAUUGAUUUACAUCUCCAUCUGUUCGACCGUGGGGUCAGUAUCGGUCAUGUCGGUUAAGGCGUUCGGGAUCGCGUUGAAGUUGACGUUUGCGGGCAACAAUCAAUUCACCCAUGCCUCGACAUAUGUCUUUAUGGUGGUGACGGUGGUGUGCAUCUUGACUCAGAUGAACUAUUUUAACAAGGCAUUGAGCCAGUUCUCGACCUCGAUCGUCAACCCGUUGUACUAUGUCACAUUUACGACGGCGACGCUGUGCGCCUCCUUCAUCCUUUUCUCCGGCUUCAACACCACGGACGCAGUCAAUACGAUUUCCCUUCUAUGUGGCUUUUUGGUGAUCUUUGCCGGAGUCUAUUUGCUCAAUCUGUCGCGCGGAGACCCCGACGGUCACCGAUUGCUGAAUGGCAAAAUCGAAGAAGAUGGCAUCCCCACCGACCCGCUGGCGACGUAUUCGACGCGGCUGAGCAUGCAAACGCGGAGAAGCACCGACCCUCAUCGACGCAGUAGCAGUUUGACCUUUAGCCCGGGUGGAAUUCGACACGUGAGCCGGGAAAGCGCGGGGCUGAUGCAUGAUUACGACGUGGAGCAAAAUGCAUUUGGUCUGACGGAUCUGGUGGAGGAUCCAGAAGAGGUUGAAAAUGGAAGCUCCAGUCAAAAGAAGGAGCAGGGAAGAACGAGGCUGUCUCACGCGCCUAACUCAAAGAGCCAUGAUCGAUAACACCUCGGAGGCGGAGGCGGCAGAAGGAAGGCUUCUGAAGCCACGAGGGUUGGUUUAGACCAGAGGCUUCUUGUAACGAUAUUCAUGCAUGGGACACGGUUUUGAUUAGCGAUGACUUUUACAGUUUAUACAGAGUUGUGGCAUGUUGGCGAAUGACCUAGACAAUCGGAUGAUCUGGCCGGGUUAUGAACAAGCAACUGGGAUUAGCGACCAGGAUGAUGGUCGGUGUUGGAAGAUGGGCCAGAGAGUAAGUACGGCUUGUCUACUAGAGCCAAGUGGUGAGGCGAAGAAGAGACACAAAAAGUUGGCGGCUACUGAGCUACCUAAGGUUUGCUUUAACAAUGUACAGAUGUGUGGAAGAAUAUGAGGAAGAGGAAGAAGAUAGGUAUCAGAAUGAGCCUCACAGAGGCUGGAUGGAGAACAAUCAACACUCAUCAGUACCUUAGUAAGUACCUACGGAGUAGUACUGGCAAUAAUAAGCGUACC